AUGACACCGCCUGCCAGGCGGCCUGCAGCAGAGGGCCACGCGCACAUGGCCUUUGUCUCGCGCCACCCGGAGCUGGCGAGGCAGGCGCUCGCGAGCCAGGGCGAGUUCCCCGGCGGCAAGUCGGGCUGCAUCGGGGUCAUCACGCUCGAGGACAUCAUCGAGGAGAUCCUGACGGAGGAGAUCUACGACGAGUCCGACAUUCGCGCCGCCAAGCAGGUCCUCAACAAGUUCGUGCUGACCAUCGUGCGGCCUCGCCUCGACAAGAAGCGCGCAGGGGCCGCGGCGGUGGCCGCCUCCGACUCCUCGAUCCCGCCAAACAGCCCGCUGAGGCGCCUCCCCUCGGUCGAGCGGCUCGUCCUGCGCUCCUCCUUCACCGAGGGGCGCGUCCUGCGCGGCAAGACGCUCAAGAGCGAGCUCGCGGCGCACUCGGAGCAGCCAGGCACUUCGUCGGCAGCGGCCUCGAGCGGGUCGGCGUCGCGCGAUAUGGCCUCGCCCCUCCUCGCGCCGUCGGAGCCGUAGCUAGAGGGGAGCCCCGGGACGGCGCGAGGGAUGGCGGACAAGGAAUAUUAAAAGAAUUUUGCGCUAACGUCAA